AUGAUGGAUCCGUCUGGAUAUCGUAGUGUAUGCAAGGCAGGCCGACACGCCGCCGCUGUUCGAACUGAAAGCCUGUUUGCAGGAGCAAUCAGGUCUGCUUCGGUCGACGUCGUCGGUUUUCCAGCCGGUCGGAGCACCGGGCAGCAGCACUUUGAUCAUCCGCCCACGUUGGUCCCUCUGACUGUGAAGCAAGUGACCAUGCUUGCUCCUUCUAUCGAGCAGGGGGGCGCUGUCUAUUCACGGGACGCCUGUCAGCACGGUAUGCAUGAUCGCGAUGCAGUCUUGGUCGGUUUCUUAGUUUUCUCAUCGGAGAAACCACACACGGUGUUGCUACAGGCCCGGCUUCUGGGUAGGAUGCUUAACCGUAGGGAUAUGCCUGAGGAGAUAGAGUUCAUCCUCGCCGACGGCACCGGAGCCAUUCAGGCCAGGAUAUGGACCGCCCAGUCGGAGUACAUGCUGGCGUUGCGUUCUGUUAGGUUAUAUGGUUUUGCGAUUUUCCGUAUCUGUACGUUGCUGUUUUAUGUUGGUUGUGAACUGUUCCACUCUCACACCAUAAUAACAAAAAACAGUGAUGGCGACUACAUGAUAGUGAACGGAUCCAUAAAGGCCGAAGGUAGCCUGAAACACAUUCGGGUGUACUCGCUGAGUGUGGUGACAAACUACAAUGCAAUCACUCAUCACUUCCUUCAGUGCAUCUAUGUUCACUUAGAUCUUCGGAAAAAGUUCAAUGACAGGGAAAAUGAUAUUAGACGGAUGGACUUGGCCGUAGCUGCCCACGAGCAAUCAUCUCCUGUUUUGGACAUUAACAACAGGCUCUUCGACGACGUGCUGAGAGUAUUCUACCAUCCAGGGGUCCUUGAGCUGGAGAAUGGCGCUUCUUUCGCUCUCAUACAAUCUCAAACCGGCGCGGAUGCGGAUCAACUAAGGUCUGUUAUUGGAGCUCAUGUUGCCAUGGGCAACCUUUUCACCACCAUCGAUGAUGGUCACUACAAAUGCUCGUUCAACGGGUAG